AGCAAGAGGAAAGCUGCCAUGGACUCCCUAAAUUCAACCAUCUCUGUCCCGUCUUUCGUGCGUCCUCCAUUCUUUUUCAUCAAUGGCUUCUAUAAUAUACCUCAUGUCAAAUACUACUAUAUUUUCUUGUGCUUUGUGUUUUUGGUCACUGUGUUAGGCAACUCCUUCGUCAUGUUUAUUAUAUGCACAGAGCGCAGUUUUCACACACCAAAGUAUCUUGCCAUUUUUAAUUUAGCUGUAGCUGACUUGUGUGAAAGCACUGCUCUCAUUCCUAACUUAAUUAAAACAUUUCUUUUUGACUCUCAGUACAUCUCCUUUGAUGCUUGCUUAGCCAAUAUGUUUUUUGUGUUUUUCUUCAUUGGGAUGGAGUCUCUCACUCUUACUGUUCUGGCCUAUGACAGAUUUGUUGCAAUCUGCUUACCACUCAGAUACCACACCAUCAUCACUAACACAACAAUGGCUGUGAUGCUAACAGUUGUAUGGACAUACACUUCAGCAUUAUCUAUUUCAACGACAACCUUGAUUACCAGGCUGUCCUUCUGUAGAUCUAUUGUGGUGGAUAGCUUCUUCUGUGAUCAUGGGCCCAUUUAUAGAAUGGCUUGCAAUGACAAAUAUCCAAACCAUGUUAUUGCAAAUGUGAAUAUAGCAUUAUUCCUUCAUCUACCAUUAAUUGUGAUUGUGUUAUCUUAUGUGUCUAUCACACGUGCGCUGUUUAAAAUUGCAACAUGGGAAGGACGAUUAAAAGCUUUGAAGACCUGUUCAUCCCACCUAAUACUGGUGGCUAUAUAUUAUCUUCCAAUUAUAGGCACCUACAUUGCUGGAGGAAUUUUUACCAUUCAUCCUAAUGCCAGGAUAAUAAACACAUCACUCUCUUUUGCCAUUCCACCAAUGCUAAAUCCAAUUAUUUAUGUGCUGAACACAGAGGAGAUCAAAGAAUGCACAAAAAAACUUUUCAAAAGGAAAACGUUCACUGCAAAUGUAAUAAACAUUAAAAUGCAGAGUGGAAUCUAA